AUGGGUUCACGUGAUGGUCGUGGUGGUCGCCAACUUGCUUGCAGGUGAGACUACGCCUAGCGUCCACUUGCUGGCACCCAACUCUCACUUGUGGCUCCACGAAGCUGGGCUCUGCUCAGCGGCCACACUCCGGGCAACCGCCUCGACUGGCGGGCUAAACCAGGUGAGGGUGGUUACUCCCUGUGCGCAUCGUGCCAGGUGCACAAGAUACUGCGGACUCCGCUGGACGGUUAGUCGUAUGGAACACCGUGUAGGCGCCGUCGUGAAGAGGCUUCGUCUACGCCGUUGGCCAGCUGGUUGGUGGAACGUCGCAUCGGCAUUGUCGAGACGAGGCUCCGCCUGGUACGCAGUUGGUCAUCUGGUGGAAUGGAUCUUCGGAUCGGCAUCGCUGACUCGCGCCCAUCUGGUGCACAGCAGGAGACUGCAGGCUUACGGCAAUGUCGUAAGCCAUUGGCAAAUUCGAGUCGUUCUUCCACUGCCAAAGAAAGUCGUGGACCACAUUGGAGUUCGGCCGCUCCGGCACAUUGAGCAGCCCUAUUUAGGGAAGGGCACUGCUUCAAUUCGGAGGGGGCCUGGAUAAGCUGGCCUAAAAAUUGCUGGGGAACCACGUCGUCUGCAGGCGCACCGUGGUCGCAGACGCAAAACUCACGGUCGAACCAAUCGAAAUCGAAACAACAACAACAAACAUACUCAUUUUCCUCAUCCUACCUCUUCUUCCUCUUCCUCUGUCUAUUUUUCUGCCUACUCUUCUCCUUCGUCAUUUUCCUCUCCACCUCCUUCCCGUCGCCCCACUUGUUGUCACAAGACUGGCAGGGUUAGUUUGCUCACUCUGGCAGCCUGGAAUGUUUGUUCCCUUUUAGACAAUCCGUGGAGCAACCGGCCGGAACGGAGGACCGCGCUAGUAGCUCGAGAACUGACGCACUACAAGGUGGACAUGGUCGCACUCAGCGAGACUCGAUUCUCCGAACAAGGCCAAUUGGAGGAGGUAGGAGCCGACUACACCUCCUUCCGGAGUGGUCGCCCAGGUCCGAGAGACGAGACGCGGAUGUCGCCUUCACCAUCCGGAACGACAUCGUGGGACGACUGCCCAGCCUGCCGCAGUGAAUCAACGAUCACCUGA